CAGAACCCUAGAGAUAUCCCUGGUGUCAGAAAAAGAAAAGAAAAAGAAAGAAAGAAAAGAAAAAGGUUUCCAGGCAGCCACAGAAACCCACGCAGGCUUUGCCAACAGCGGCGAGGCCGGAAAACGACUGUCCGGCCCAGGGAGGGACUAAGGGCCAAGGGCGCAGUGGCCGCGCAGGGUCCACCCGCGGGCUGUUCGCCGGGCGCCCCAGCCCCGCAGCCCUGCAGCCCCGCAGCCCCGCAGCCCCCGUGCGGCCCUGCACUCUGGGCAGGUCAACGCGGGGCCUGCGCCCGGGCCCUUCCCGCUGGGCGGAGCGGCGGCCAUCCCGGCCGGCCCGGCGCCACCUGCUGCACCCCGCGGCCACCGCGGCGACCCUCCCGGACACCGCGGGCCUGGAGCUCCCUCCCCGCGAGCCCGCCGUGGAGGUUGGAAACCUCACAGAAACAUGAAGCUGUCCACCAUCUGGAACUCAGAAACUCUUUGGGAGCUGACUGCAGGCUUCUAGAACAUCCAGGUGUUCUACAGAUGUGAACACUGACCCUGCACUCACCAGCUGGAGCCUGAACAGAUCCUCUUAACGCUGGCAUCUACAGACAUAGAAAAGUCAAGUCCUAAGUAGCCAGGGAACCAUUGUUGAUACUGAUCAGGGUGAUUCCUGGACACAGCCAGUCACCUUAUGAAGCUGCAGCGGGGGACAGCCCAAAUUUGGGGUUGCAGAUUUCCUGGGGUUCUAAAUGGGGACCUUGUUUUGGUAGCACCCACCACCAGCAGGCCCUUUUCCUUCACGGAAGCUCGGCUUUCCAGGGACUCCCCGCGUUGAAAGUGAACAGCUCUCUGAGGUUCUCCAGGAACCCUUCAUUCCUCACCCACAGUCACUGCAGACACUGGGAGGCCUUCUCUCCACCAUGGGCUGGAUAUUUCUAACGGUUUUGUUGGUGGGGGUGAGCUUCUUGGGAUAUCGUUACCCGCUUGUGGAUUUUUGCGUCACUGGGCAAACAAGAAGUCAGAAACCAAAUUUUGUAAUCAUCUUGGCAGAUGACAUGGGGUGGGGUGACCUGGGGGCAAACUGGGCAGAAGCCAAAGACACUGCCAACCUUGAUAAGAUGGCUGCAGAAGGAAUGAGAUCUUGCUGGCAUACCUCCACCCCACCAAGGCUCUCUGCUUGGAGCUGGAAUGGCAACUCUAAGCCCCACCAUCAUGGAGCCUCUAAGCCGGGAAGAAACUCAAAGGCACUUCUUACUGUAGAAAUGUUUGUGGACUUCCACGCUGCCGCUUCUACCUGCUCUCCCUCCCGCGCCUCCCUGCUCACUGGCCGGCUUGGCCUGCGCAACGGAGUCACGCACAACUUCGCCGUCACCUCUGUGGGGGGCCUCCCCCUCAACGAGACCACCUUGGCCGAAGUGCUGCAGCGGGCUGGCUAUGCCACCGGGAUGAUAGGCAAAUGGCACCUUGGGCACCACGGCUCUUAUCACCCCAACUUCCGAGGCUUCGAUUAUUACUUUGGGAUCCCCUACAGCCAUGACAUGGGCUGCACUGAUACCCCAGGAUACAACCUACCUCCUUGCCCAGCAUGCCCGAAGUUCGAGAGACCAUCCAGGGCUCUUGAGAGGGACUGUUACACUGACGUGGCCCUCCCGCUCUAUGAAAACCUCCACAUUGUGGAGCAGCCUGUGAACCUCAGCAGCCUAGCACAGAAGUAUGCGGAGAAGGCGGCACAGUUCAUCCAGCACGCGAGUGCCAGCAGAAGGCCCUUCCUGCUCUACGUGGCCCUGGCUCACAUGCACGUGCCCCUGUCCAGGAUGCAGCCCCUCCCAGACCCCCAGGGUCGGGGACCUUAUUCCGCCAGUCUUCAGGAGAUGGACAGCCUGGUGGGUCAGAUCAAGGACACAGUUGACCACACAGCGAAAGGAAACACACUCCUCUGGUUUACAGGAGACAAUGGCCCUUGGGCUCAGAAGUGUGAGCUGGCGGGCAGCGUGGGUCCCUUCACUGGAUUGUGGCAAACGCAUCAAGGGGGGAGUCCUGCCAAGCAGACCACGUGGGAAGGAGGGCACAGGGUCCCGGCUCUGGCUUACUGGCCUGGCAGAGUCCCCACCAAUGUCACCAGCACGGCCUUGUUAAGCAUGCUGGACAUCUUCCCCACCGUGGUGACCCUGGCAGGGGCCAGUCUACCCCAGGCCCGGCGCUUCGACGGUCUGGAUGUGUCCGAGGUGCUCUUCGGCAGGUCUCAGAUGGGACACAGGACGCUGUUCCACCCCAAUAGCGGAGCGGCUGGAGUGUACGGAGCCCUUCAGACCUUGCGUCUGGAGCAUUACAAGGCCUUCUACAUCACUGGGGGAGCGAAAGCCUGUGAUGGGAGCGUGGGGCCAGAGCAACAACAGGAGCUCCCCCUGAUUUUCAACGUGGAAGAGGACGUAGCGGAAUCAGUGCCUCUAGCGCGAGGCAGCGCCGAAUACCAAAGCGUCCUGCCCAGGGUCAGAGAGGCCCUCGCGGGAGUCCUUCAGGACAUUGCUGCCGACAACGUCUCCAGAGCGGAUUACACUCGGGAUCCUUCAGUGGCUCCCUGCUGCAACCAUCAGCGAUCCACCUGUCGCUGCCAGGCCAUGAAGCAGACCCUUUCUUCCACAGGCAGAGAUAGCAGGAUAUGAGUUCGGGCCAGUUCACAUCCCAGCUGCAGCUGUAAACUCCUGGCAGGUGUGGGGAGCUGAUUCUGGGGCAGUGAGCCCUGUCAGUGGAAGCACCUGGUUUUGGAGUCCGGAGCAAAGCCUAGCUUUUGCAUUUGUGUUGUUUAUUUCUUGUGCCGUCAGGGUUAUUAGUGGGUGCCAGCACUAUGAAUCCACUUCUCCUGGUGGCCAUUUCUUCCUUUUCUUUCUAUUUCUCUUUGAUAGGACUUGAAGGUACGUCUGCGUCUCAACCACCCUACUCAGCUGUUUGGAAAUGAAGUCAAGGGGCCAGGCGGUGGUGCACCUGACUGAGUGUGUGUGUUACAACUCGAGCCCUCCGGCCCCUACCUGCAGGGGGAAAGCUUUGUGAGUGGUGAAGCAGGGCUGCAGGUGUCUCUGUGUUUCUCCCUCUCUAUAACUCCCAUCCUUCUCAACUUCUGGCUGUCUCUAGCCAAUAAAUAAAUAAAGAUAAUUAAAAAAAAAAGAGAGAGAGAGAGGGAGCCAGGCGGUAGCGCAGCAGGUUAAAUGUCAAGUCUCCGAGCGGAACUUACAAAGAAGUUCGUGACCCUGUGAGUCUCCCCUUGAACAAACCCUCCCCGAGCCACGUUUUUUCCCCCUGCAUGAUUCCACCACUCCUGGUGAGUUCUGCUAAUUUAUUUACUUCUCCACCACUGGUGAAGCUCCAUCUUUGUGUGGUGCCAUCACCUUGGUGAAGUAUGUGCAAACUGGCAGGGCUACUUCCACCCUGCCCCGCCUUAAAGGUGAUGACUGUACUUUAGAGAUUUUAGGAGUCCUACUCCCUUCAGACAAGAGGAGGGCCGAGUGGGGAUUGUAUUAUUAUGUGGAAAACUGGGAAAUGCUGUGCAUGGGCAAACUAUUGUAUUUUACUGUCAACUGUAAAUCAUUAAUCCUCCCAUAAAGACAUUAAAUAAACACACAAAACCAACAACUGUAAAA